CACCUUGCAAAAGUCUAUCUGAGCGCCUGAGUACAUCGUGAAAAACAUUAUCUUUUGAUCUUUUGGGAGUACUUUCAUUCUUGGGUGCAAAUUCAACAUUGGCCCCUCGUCUCACCUAACGUUCUUCUGCCUGCUUGUGUUCUUAUAGCCCUAUAGGACUCUCAAGAAGUCUGGCCUCCACCCAUUGGAAAGCACAUUAUUCUAGCGCCAGUGCCUCUCUUUCGCUCUACGCACCAUGGUAUCUUUUCUCAAUCCUCUCCCGAGCCUUCCUCAGCCUCUCGGUCCUUAUAAAGUAGGCACUUCAGAAUGGGAAAUACCCGUCUCCGAAAUCCCCUCGACGGCAAAAGUACCUGAUUCCAAGAUCUCGACCAUCAAAUUUCGUCUUUACUACCCCACGACUGACUCGGCGCCCUCAAAGUCCAUCAAAUGGCUACCGUCACCCCAGCGGCAGUGGGUUGCGGCAUAUUCGUCCUUUUUGGGUGCAAGCCCUCGCGUCGCAUCCUGGAUAUCUGCCUUCCCAUCUCUCCUCAACUAUACCACCAUUUCAGCGACCCCAGAUGCAGAACUACGAGAUAAACCUCGGUCCUCGCACUUUCCCCUGGCCGUCUUCUCACAUGGGUUAGGUGGAAAUUACAAUACUUACAGCGCAGUCUGUGCCUCGCUGGCCAGUUUCGGUGUUGUCUGUGUGGCUCCAGAGCAUCGUGACGGCAGUGCCCCAAUCUCCUUCAUCCGUUCCUCCACCCAAGACUCCAUCUCGAUCCCUUACCAGAAAUACUCUCAUACUCCAACUCCCGAGGUCCUAAAGGCCCGCAAUGCCCAAUUACGAAUCCGCCUUUGGGAGCUAGACAACCUGUUCACCGCCUUGACUUCUCUACAUCAAGGCCGAACAUUCACGAAUUACGCUCUUCCCACACAAGAUACCCCACGGCAGUCGAUAUUGACGGAUGCAUUGGACCUGCGUCCUGGCCGUGUGACUUGGGCGGGACACUCAUUUGGUGCUGCUACGAUGGUGCAAUUUGUCAAGUCAGUAUAUCACCGCGACCACGUUCCGUCGCUUGAAGGAACGCCGUAUGAAAACGACAUGGACUGGCAUCCACUCUACACACCCGCAGACAAUGGUCACUUGGUCCAACAAAUUACUCCCGACUCGCCUGUCGCAUUGUUAGAUCUAUGGACUACGCCUCUGCGAGAUGAGUCUACGAAGUGGAUGUUAGAGAGACCAAUGCCGUGCCACCAUCGAGAUCCAACCUCGGCCGACACUCCACCGAAUACUGUGGCCAUCUUGUCGGCAGAAUUUAACAACUAUGUUGACCUCAAGAACCGCACUAUCGCAGUUCUAUCACGACAGCCAGCAGAUGCAAUGAUCGAACUUGAACGCAGGAAAGCGGCCAAUGAAGCGUCUUCCACCAAGCCCACUCCAGACAAUGGGCAAUCGAUGCCAAUGCCCACAAUCACAAUCACCUCACCUCCUCCACCAUCAUCAUCCCCCAACUCAUCCAACUCAUCCAACUCAACCUCACGAGACGUCAGCCCUCACUCAUCCGCCAGCCCUGCCUCAUCAACCACAUCAUUCGCCCCCUCCACAAGCGAAGCCAAACCUUCCUCUGAAGCCUCACAAACAUCGACCGUCGAGCCACACCUAUAUCUAAUCCCCAACUCCGCCCACCUAUCCCAAUCCGAUUUCGGCCUUCUCUUCCCCAAUUUCACCCGCUACCUGAUGAACGCUCAGGAUCCGCACAAGACCAUCGAACUCAACGUCCGUGCCAUCCUAGCCGUCAUGAGGGGUCAGGGAUUACCUGUCAGCGACUAUACCACAGAAGGAGGACCAGACCGAAUCCUUAGCUCGGAAGGUCUGGAGAAGAGAUUUGUCAGGAUUCCUCUUGUAUAAGUGCAGGCAGGUUGUGAUGGGUCAAUCAAUUGCAUUUUACUUGUAUGUAUUUCUUGCAUAGCGACGGUGGUGGUCACCUUCUUUGUUUCCAUCCUAUAGAACAGCAAACAUUCUUCUCCUUUCUGCGCGGUUUGGAAUGCCCUGGUUUAGCGAGUCAUGUACAAAGUUGCGGCCUAGUAGAGAUAGAAUAUCAUUAGAUCAUAUAGCAUCUGACUGAAGUACCUGGGUACCUUUUCA